ACUAGAUGCAACUGUAUUUUUUCUAUUGGUUAACAGAACACAAAAUUUAGAUAUUUCAGAGGUAUAAAUACGACUCGCUCAGUCUUCUAUUACGUGGAAUUAAGUUUCGUCUAAUUGUUCCUGAAUAUCAAAUACACGAGAAAAGUUUCACACCAAGGACUUUAAAAUAUCAACUGAAAAACGUUGCACUACCUUGUUUGUCAAUCAUGAUAAGAAUAGCAAUAAUCUGCUUUCUAGUUUCCAUUGUCAGAAGUCAGGACUGUGUGCUUAAUUCUGAUGAGUUAAAUGAAGUAAAGCAAAUUUUCAAGGAUGCGGAUAAAAGUAUGGAAGAAGCAACUAAAAAUCAAAGUGCAAAUGCGGCAAUUGUCAUAGGCACCAGAAGAAGUGGAAAAAGUACACUAAUUAAUUACUUGAUGGGCAAUGAAUUAACAGCUUUUAGACGUGAUAAAUUUGAAGACAUAACAAUAAGAAAAACUAACGAAAAUACAACUGGACCAGAAAUUAGUACUAGCGUAGAAUUAGGGUCUAAAAUUCCUACAAAAUGGUCAUCAAGAAGGCCAGAACUUCAAAAUGUGGACCUCUGGGAUACUCCUUCAAUUUUGGACAGCAGUGAUCCAGUGCGUGAAUUCAGCAAUGCCCUUUAUCUGUAUCAUCUGAUAAGAAGAGUCGAAUCUCUGAAACUCAUUUUAGAUGUCAAUUUUAAUUCCAUUUUUUCUGAUGAUAUUUAUGAGAUUAUUUUGCUUCUAAAUGAUCUUGAUCAAUUAUUUAAUGGCAUGUUUAAAGACUUUUUCCCUAGUAUAUCACUAAUUAUCUCAAAAGCACCUUAUCAACACAAUGAAGCUACAGUUGAUCAUGAAUAUGUAAGUGCCAAAUUAAACUCGAUAUUAGAAAGUAAUCUGGUUGAGUCCCAAGUUUUAAAAGACUUUAUACAGCAUAUAACAGAUAAUAAAAAAAGUGUAGGCAUCUUCAGGCUACCAAAAGAUAUUGGAAACCUUGCUGCAGAUAUCGAUGAUAAUAUUAUUCCAGCUAUUAAUAACGCUCAGGGCAAAGACAAGGCAUCUCACCAGAAUAUGGGUAUAUCAAUUACAGAACGAUAUCUACCUUGCCUGCAACACUUUAAUGAUUUGAUGCACAAAGAAUAACCAACAGAAAAUAGUGUCUGAUAAAGAUUUCUGGAGUUAUUUAUACAGGCAGUAUUUCUUCUAUAACUAAACUACUGUUAUUAUGGGUUAAUUCAAAUAAUUGUAAACUUGAAAAUAUGGUGUCGGUAACGUUUCUACGUGAAAAUUAAAAAAUAAAUUCCAGAAUUUCAAAAAAUA